CGGCCCCCUCCCCCUUCCUGCGCCGGGAACAGUGCAUUGUGGGAAACUCCCAGUGCUUGCAUCUGCAGCCUCCCGCCGAGGACCCGCGGAGAGCGCCCAGCACCGAGGCCCAUAUAAUGCCCAGGGGUGAGCUGUCCUGAGCCGCUGUGGUCCAGCCACCUGCCUGUCCACGCACGCCCACACACAGCCUGCCAGCACUGCCCACCAUGGAGUCCAGAGGGAAGUCGGCCAGCAGCCCCAAGCCCGACACCAAGGCACCCCAGGCCGCUGCUGAAGCCAGAGCCCCCCCAGCUGCAGACGGGAAAGCCCCUUCAGCUAAGCCAGGAAAGAAGGAGGCCCAAGUGGAGAAGCAGGAGCCACCAAAGGCCCCCACCCCGCCUCCUGCCAAGAAGACCCCAGCCAAGGCUGACCCUGCCCUUCUCAACAACCACAGCAACCUGAAGCCGGCCCCCGUGGCCCCCAGCAGCCCCGAUGCAACCCCCGAGCCCAAGGGCCCUGGGGAUGGGGCCGAGGAGGACGAGGCCCCCAGCGGGGGUCCAGGGGGCCGAGGCCGCUGCCCAUUCGAGAACUUGACCCCUCUGCUGGUGGCUGGGGGGAUGGCUGUGGCAGCCGCAGCCCUGAUUCUUGGUGUGGCCUUCCUGACCCGGAAAAAAUGA